AUAGUUAACUGUGACCCAGAGUUGAGGCCUCCAGUAGGACGCGACUGUUGUGACUGCCCUUGGUCAACGUCUCACUUACUCACUUCAAAGACCACUCUCGCUCGUUUUAGAUCACUUGUAUCUGGUACUGAUUCAAAAUCCAGUUGGGUUCAGUUGGCCAGUCCCGGCAGCAGUAGUGCAAGAGAAUUUGCUUAGGGAAGGCUCCACGAACGGCUUCAGAAUGUCAGAAGCUCCAGUAUACAAUUCUUACAUGGAAGCCUACAUGGCGGGCGGCAAGGGAGGUAGCCCAGCGCCCGGGUACGCCGGCUCUCGAGCAAGCACUGAGCAGUACUCCUAUGGGCCGAAGGGGUCUGCAGAGCGCGUGCGGAAGAGCAGGAACUUCGUGGAUUGCGGAAGCCCACUGCCGCCAAAGACCAUCAGCGUGCUGCACCGGCCCUACAAGCCGAGCAUGAAGAACUCGGAGAACCUGGAUGUGCAGCACGAGAAAGACACAGCCGCAUUUGAGCGCCGCGCCAACAGCUACCGGCGGCUGGCACAUAACGGCUACCACCACAACGCACCGCCCGGCAGCAUCCUGACCACUUUUGAGAAGGGGCACAUCGUGGACCGGGGCCGGGGCCGAAGCGACGUGCACGAGGCGCGUGGCGUGUACGACCCAGUGAACCACAGCUACCGCAUCCCCCCAUCAGCACCGGCGCCGGCAGCGGCUGGCGCGAGCCGGGACCAGCGGCCGACCAGCGCUCCUCAUAUGCGGGGCGCUGGCGGCGGGAGCUAUGCGGCGAUUCACGCGGCGCAGCAGCAGCAGGUGGUGCAGCAAGCACACCACGACCGCGCCACCACGCCCUUUGAGCACAAGCUACUGCAGGCCUCACGCGGAACCUACAACCCGCUCACGCACGAGUACAAGGACGCGCCGGAGGUGGACUACGUGCAGCGCAAGCAGAAGGAGUUCCAGCGCCUGUAUGGGCUGGGCCAAGGCAUCAAGCGCGUGCAGCCCACGCAAACAUGCGACCCCAUCACCGGAGAGCCGCUCGCACACUCUCCUGCGCCCGCCACCGCGCCGCCGGCACCAGCGGCCGUGGAGGUGACAACGCCCGGCGGCGGCCUGGCCACCUCGGCAGUAGCUGCGGCGACGGGCGGCGGCCAUUUCGGCGGGACGCCCACCACACCCGGCGCGGCGGCCAUUGCGGCCCAGAAGCAGCGCCCCACCUCGGCGCCACGCAUGGGCGGUAGCAGCAUGCGCAAGUCAAUGGCGGGCCCGUCAUGGGGCACGUACAACCCGCUGACGCACGAGUGGAGCGUCAAACCGUCGGACCCGAAAUUUGAGCAGCAGGAGAAGCUGGUGGAGCGACAGCUGGGCGUGAGCGGGCAGAGCGCGGGCCGGGCGUCCACGCCGUCCAGGCACGGUGUGUACAACCCCAUCACCAACAACUGGACGGUACUGCCGGCGGACCCGCGCGUGGCGGAGGGGCUUACCUUCAAGCCAGCCACACUGUUCAGCCGCCCCACGGCCGCCACCAUUCGCAUGUGAUCUUCUUAGUGGGGGCGCGCUAGGGGCUGAUGCUGCAUAAGGUAGACUUGAAAGGACGUGCUGUUGCGUUUCGUGGUAUCAGCCGUGUCACAUUGCAUGACAGUUUCUGUGACAACUUCUAUUACGCUGCAUCCGCGCUUUACCCAGACGUUUGUACGGUUUGUCGGUGGGUGACUGCACAAGUGUGAUGCCAGACAGGGGCGUACCCACGGUGCGGUAGAAUGGGCAGUGUACUUGCCGGGCGUGCGGCGCCUUGCGCAUCGCAUCGCCUAUCACCAGCUACCCGCAAGCACGUAGAAUGUCGUUAGUUGCUGCUACAUACCAGCACCUAGGCCACGGGGCAAGAUUUGCAGCCCUGGCAUUUGCUACGCUAAUUGACACCGUACGGUACAGUAGAUUUUAAGUCUAGAUUUGCGUCCGCAGCGAAUGUGGGCUGCAAGAUUCUUUUGGCGCGCCGGUGAGACGUAACAGAUAGGCGCAAUGCACAGUGGGUCAGUGAAUAGCUUUAGGCGUGCUUGAUAUGGUAUCCGUGAACCAGCUUGUGCUGUUGCUGGUUGCUUGAGCCCCCGUGCAGCGGUGUUUUAUUUGUGAAGAAAGAUGGCUCUGCCUCUCAAAA